CUCCAUCAUCCAUGGCUAGAGAAAAUUCCACCAUCCCCAUCUGUUUCUUCAAGAUUAUUCUUCAAACCAAUCUUCAAACUAUUAAAAUACCGAAUAAAUUUACAAGGAGUCACGGUGCUGGUCUACCAAAUCCAGUGAUGAUGAAGCCUCCUGAUGGCACAAAAUGGAAAGUGUUUUGGAAAAACAUCAAUGGUGAGAUUUGGUUUCAAAAGGGUUGGAGUAUUUUUACUCAAAAUUACUCUCUACAACAUGGCUGUUUGGUAGUCUUUAAAUACUAUAAAGAAGGAAGUUCAGAAUUAGAUGUAAUCAUACUUGACCAGCAUGCAGUUGAAAUUGACUAUGAUUCCUCAUGUGACACUUUUAAUGAUGAAGAUGAAAACCUUGACCAUAUUGAUGAUGAAUCAGUUGAGAUUUUGAAUGAUAAGAAGGCUAGACAGAAGUCACCAUUAGUUUCUCCUCGACCACAUAAAAAAGUUAGAGGUGAUAUUAAGGAGACUAGUGGAAGAACUACAUCAAUGAAUUCUCCAAAGGGAAAUAGGGCUCAGGAAGUAGCUGCAAGAUUCAUCACAAGCAAUCCUUUUUUCACUAUUCUCAUAAAACCUAACCAUCUCACAGAUUAUCAACUGACGGUACCAAAUCUAAAAGGGGUUAUUGAGAACAAAGAGAAUUAUGUGACUUUGAAGAUUGGGAAAAGAUCAUGGAAUGUGAAAUUGCUACGUGUUAGCCUCCUAACGGCUGGUUGGUCCUUAUUUGCGAGUGAGAGUGGAUUGCAAUCAGGAGAUGUUUGUGUGUUUGAACAGAUAAACAAACAAGAUUUAGUUUUUAAAGUUCAUGUUUUCUCUGGGAAAAGUAAUCUAUCUGUUUAAGGUUGUUGUUUUUUAGUGAAAGUUACUUUAUCUAGAGAUCACUAAUUUCUUUCCAUCAAAUGGGGAAGAAACAUUCAGCUUUGGUUGUAAUUGUGAUUUAUUCGAUAACUGGAUCUGUGAUUUUGAGGCCAUGAAUAUUAAUUAUGCUUAUU